CGGGAAUAAAACGGCGCGCGAUAUUGCUGAGUGCAUUCUCAGAGGGUACCUUUAAAUUGGCUUCGGAUUUGGCGCUGCCGAAGGAACUGCAGGAAGUGCCCUACGCGGAUAUCCUCAACCUACUAGACGCCCACUUUACACCGAAGCGCGUUGGCUUCGGCGAACGGCACAAUUUCUACGCGGCAGUCCAACACGACUCCGAGUCCUUUACACAAUGGGCAGCACGACUACGGGGACUCUCGGCUCACUGCGGGUUCAGCAACCUCGAGGAAGCUCUCCGCGACCGUUUUAUUAUGGGCAUGCAGCACGGGAUCGAGAAGGAAAAGAUCUACGCCAAGGAUCUGAGCGGCUUGACCCUGUCUAAGGCCGUCGAGUUAGCGGAGAACAUCAGGUGCGCGCGUGCGGGCGCCGCUAGCGCAGCCGCAGCGUCGUGCAGCAGCGCCGUCGUCGCCGCGCCUCCGGACGCGCUAUUCAAAAUCGGACAUGCUAGUGCUAGUGAAAAAAGUGCAAGUGAAAGUCGGUUGAAAAAGGUAAAGUGUACAGUGUGCGGCUAUAACCACAGAUCGGUAGACUGUCGGUUCUCGAAUUAUACCUGUAAAAAAUGUAACCGAAAGGGUCAUCUUCAAAGAAUGUGUAAAAGAGUGAACCAGGUGACGUCAGCGGAGACGAACGAGUCAGACGAGAACGACGACGACGGUGAGUGUUUUCAUAUCCGAUCAUUUAGAGGGGAGCCUAUGGUGGAGUGUAUCGAGCUGAAUGGGGUUAAAUUAAACUUUGAAAUAGAUAGCGGAUCCGCUGUAACCGUUAUUUCGGUAAACACCUAUAGACGGCAUUACAGUAAGACACGGUUACUAGCAACAAAGAAAAGAUUACUAGGUUACUCGGGGGAGGCUAUUCAUUGCCUUGGUGUUAUGAACCAAUCGCGUAUAUUGUAUGGAGGGCAAACCCGUAACUUAGACGUAUAUGUGGUACGUGGCGGGGGCCCGGCGCUCCUCGGUAGGGACUUUAUUUCAAAAUUUAAUUUACAGUUAGCUCCUGUGAACUAUUGCGACUCGCCUCUGUCGAUACAAAAGCUCCAGGCUCGGUUUUCGAAGACGUUUUCGGAUACUUUAGGUACAUUUAAUAAGUAUAAGAUCAAGUUAUUUUUAAAAGAAAAUUCGAGACCAGUUUUUUUCAAAGCCCGUCCGAUAGCAUUUGCUUUGAAAGAAAAGGUCACAAAAGAAAUCGACAGAUUGGUCGAUUUAGGUGUCUUGAAGCCGAUAGAUCAUUCAGAAUAUGCGUCGCCUAUAGUGCCGGUACUAAAGAGAAAUGGUUCCGUGAGGAUAUGCGCCGACUACGCUGUCAGUAUAAAUAAACAGUUAAUAGUCGACCAGUAUCCUUUGCCUACAGUUAACGAACUAUUUUCCAAAUUACAUAGCGGCGAACAGUUCACGAAAUUAGAUUUAUCUAGUGCGUAUAAUCAGCUUUGCUUAGACGAGGAGUCACAAAAGUUGACAUGUAUUAAUACACACCGGGGUCUGUAUCAAUAUACGCGGCUCGUGUUCGGUCUGUCCGCCGCCCCGGCUAUCUUCCAGCGCGCCAUGGAGACUGUACUGUCGGGUCUAGACGGCGUGUUGUGUCUGCUCGACGAUAUAUUGGUGACGGGCAGGAACAGGGAUGAACACUUGGCGCGUUUAGAUUCAGUAUUGCAGAGGCUCGAGGAGGCUGGACUGACGUUGCAGAAGGAUAAAUGCGAAUUUUUCAAAGACGAGAUUAGUUACCUUGGCUACGUCAUAAAUAAAAAUGGGUUGAAAAAAUCGCCCGAAAAGGUAAAGGCUAUUGUAGAUGCACCUGUGCCGACUAACGUCAGCCAGUUGCAGUCGUUUUUGGGAUUGGCCAAUUACUAUAGGAAUUUCGUACCCGGCGCCUCGUCUAUACUUAAUCCGUUAUAUGAUUUGUUAAAGAAAAAUAACAAAUGGGAAUGGUCUCAAGCGCACACGGAUGCGUUCGCUUUAAUAAAAAAUAAGCUUGCGUCGGAUUUAGUGUUGGCGCAUUUUAAUCAAAACGCUAAACUCAUCGUAACGGUGGACGCAUCUCCCACCGGUCUCGGCGCGAUAUUGUCACAGGUGGGGGAAGACGGCGCCGAGCGGCCGGUCUCAUUCGCAUCGCGUACGCUCACCUCUGCCGAGAAACGAUAUUCGCAAAUACAAAAAGAGGCGACAGCGAUAAUAUUCGGUGUUCGUAGAUUCCACCAAUACUUGUACGGCCGUACGGUACCUUUUGUAUUACGUACGGACCAUAAGCCGCUAUUAUCAAUAUUCGGUCCACAUAAAGGUAUCCCGGAAGUAUCUGCGAAUAGGUUACAAAGAUACGCAAUGUUUUUAAGCGCGUACAAUUUUAGUAUAGAAUACGUUCGGAGUACUGAUAACAAGGCAGAUUACCUGUCGCGCGCGAGCUUAGUGGGUGUGAGCGAGCGCGGCGCGGGUGCAACGGAGGCGGGGCGAGCGUCGUGCGCAGACGCUGCCGCAGCGCUGUGCGAUAGGGCCGCAUACGUUAGUUUUGUUGUCGACGGCUCGCUACCGAUCACGAUUAGCGAAUUAAAUAAGGAAACAUCGCGUGACAUAAUUUUGCGGCGUGUUGUAAAUUAUGUUCUCAACGGCUGGCCUAGUAAGGAAUCGGAUUCGAGUAUUAAGCCCUAUUUUUUGUGUCGAAAUCAACUGUCUUUAGAAAAUGGGUGCUUAAUGAGAGGUCAUAAGGUCGUAAUUCCAAAUUCUUUACGCCCUAAAAUUUUAAAUGAAUUGCAUUCAUCGCAUUUAGGCAUCGUUAAAACCAAAGCUGAAGCGAGGUCCCGGUUUUGGUUUCCAGGCGUCGAUGACGCAAUUGAAAG